UGACCCACCGCAUCAAAGCGAUACAAGAACUAUUUACAUAGCAAAUCGUUUUCCCCAGCAUGGCCAUUAUAUUCCUCAGAAGUUUGCAGACAACAGAAUCAUAUCAUCCAAAUAUACGGUGUGGAAUUUUGUUCCAAAAAACUUAUUUGAGCAGUUCAGAAGAGUAGCCAACUUUUAUUUUCUGAUUAUAUUUUUGGUUCAGCUCAUGAUAGAUACCCCUACCAGUCCUAUUACCAGUGGAUUGCCAUUGUUCUUUGUCAUAACUGUGACAGCCAUAAAGCAGGGCUAUGAAGACUGGCUACGGCAUAAAGCAGACAAUGAAGUAAACGGUGCUCCGGUUUAUGUUGUUCGAAGUGGUGGCCUUGUAAAAACUAGAUCUAAAAACAUUCGGGUGGGAGACAUUGUCAGAGUAGCCAAAGAUGAGACUUUUCGACUGUCAUCCGAUCGAGUUGACGGUUCAUGCCAUGUUACUACUGCAAGUUUGGAUGGAGAGACCAAUCUUAAGACACACGUUGCAGUCCCGGAAACAGCAGUGUUACAGUCUGUUGCCAACCUGGACAAACUUGUAGCUGUUAUAGAAUGUCAGCAGCCAGAAGCAGAUCUGUACAGAUUUGUUGGAAGAAUAACUAUAAGUCAGCAAACAGAAGAAAUUGUACGACCUCUUGGGCCUGAAAGCCUCUUACUUCGUGGAGCAAGAUUAAAAAACACCAAAGAAAUAUUUGGUGUUGCAGUGUAUACAGGUAUGGAGACAAAGAUGGCAUUAAAUUACAAGAGUAAAUCUCAGAAACGGUCAGCAGUAGAAAAAUCCAUGAAUUCCUUUUUGAUUAUUUAUCUAAUAAUUCUCCUCUUUGAAGCCAUUCUGAGUACUAUUUUAAAGUACGCAUGGCAAGCUGAAGAAAAAUGGGAUGAGCCCUGGUAUAAUGGAAAAACAGAGCAUGAAAGAAACAGCAGUAAGAUUCUGAGAUUUAUUUCAGAUUUUCUUGCUUUCCUGGUACUUUACAAUUUUAUCAUACCUAUUUCACUUUAUGUGACUGUUGAGAUGCAGAAAUUUCUUGGAUCUUUUUUUAUUGGCUGGGAUCUUGACCUCUAUCAUGAAGAAACAAACCAGAGAGCACAAGUAAAUACUUCAGAUCUCAAUGAGGAAUUGGGACAGGUAGAGUAUGUGUUUACAGACAAAACUGGUACAUUAACUGAAAAUGAGAUGCAGUUUCGGGAGUGCUCCAUUAAUGGCGUAAAGUACCAAGAGGUCAAUGGUAAAUUAACUGCAGAGGGCUUUUCUGAAGAUUCUCCAGAUGGAAAUAGGCAUAGUUUGAUGAAAGAGGAAGAACUCUUCUUGAAAGCAGUUUGUCUUUGUCAUACAGUGCAGAUCAAUGCAGAUCAAACAGAUGGUGCUGAUGGUCCCUGGCAUGCCAAUGGAAUAGCAUCCCCAUUGGAGUAUUACGCUUCUUCACCAGAUGAGAAAGCUUUAGUUGAAGCUGCAAGCCGGGUUGGAGUAGUAUUUACUGGAACUAGUGGGGACAGUAUGGAAGUAAAAAGUCUGGGAAAACUAGAAAGGUAUAAAUUGCUUCAUGUUUUGGAGUUUGAUCCAAAUCGCAGACGAAUGAGUGUCAUUGUGGAGAGUCCCUCAGGGGAAAAGCUUUUAUUCACAAAGGGAGCAGAAUCUUCCAUUCUUCCCCAUAGUAAGAGUGGAGAAAUAGACAAAACCAGGAUACAUGUGGAUGAAUUUGCUUUGAAAGGACUAAGAACUUUAUGCGUAGCCUACAGAAGAUUCACCCCUGAGGAGUAUCAAGAAAUUGGCAAACGCCUUCAUGAGGCCAGGACUGCCUUACAACAACGGGAAGAGAGAUUAGCAGAUGUAUUCAACUUCAUAGAAAGAGAUCUGGAAUUGCUUGGGGCUACGGGAGUAGAAGACAAACUGCAGGAGAAAGUCCAAGAAACCAUAGAAGCACUCAGGUUGGCUGGUAUCAAAGUGUGGGUACUCACUGGAGAUAAGCACGAAACGGCUGUUAGUGUCAGUUUAUCGUGUGGACACUUUCAUAGAACCAUGAACAUCCUUGAGCUUGUGCAGCACAAGUCAGACAGUACGUGUGCGGAGCAACUGAGGCAGCUAGCCAAGAGAAUAAAGGAAGACCACGUUAUCCAGCAUGGACUAGUUGUGGAUGGGACCAGCCUCUCUCUUGCACUCAGGGAACAUGAAAAACUGUUCAUGGAAGUUUGCAAAAACUGUUCUGCAGUGUUGUGCUGUCGCAUGGCACCACUUCAGAAAGCAAAGGUAGUGCGACUGUUAAAAACGUCUCCAGAGAAACCUAUAACAUUAGCGAUCGGUGAUGGUGCUAAUGAUGUGAGCAUGAUACAAGAAGCACACGUUGGCAUAGGAAUCAUGGGCAAGGAAGGAAGGCAAGCUGUAAGAAACAGUGACUAUGCAAUAGCACGGUUUAAAUUCCUCUCCAAGUUGCUUUUUGUUCAUGGGCACUUUUACUAUAUUAGAGUAGCAACCCUUGUACAGUACUUUUUUUAUAAGAAUGUGUGCUUUAUUACACCACAAUUUUUAUAUCAGUUCUUCUGUUUGUUUUCACAACAAACGCUCUAUGACAGUGUAUACCUGACUUUGUACAAUAUUUGUUUCACUUCCUUGCCUGUCCUCAUAUACAGUCUUUUUGAACAGCAUGUGCAUCCGCAUGUAUUACAGAGUAAACCUGUGCUCUACCGAGACAUCAGUAAAAAUGCCCAUCUGGGGUUUAAACCGUUUCUUUACUGGACCAUCUUGGGCUUCUUUCAUGCGUUUGUUUUCUUUUAUGGCUCGUAUCUUCUAAUGGGAGAAGACACUUCUCUGCUGGGAAAUGGCCAGAUGUUUGGAAACUGGACAUUUGGUACUUUGGUCUUCACCGUUAUGGUUAUAACUGUUACGAUGAAGAUGGCACUAGAAACUCACUUCUGGACAUGGAUAAACCAUUUUGUUACUUGGGGAUCCAUUGUAUUUUAUUUCAUAUUCUCCUUGUUUUAUGGGGGAAUUAUCUGGCCAUUUUUACAUACCCAGGACAUGUACUUCGUAUUUGUUCAACUGUUGUCAAGUGGUUCUGCUUGGUUUGCCAUAAUCCUCAUUGUAGUUGCUUGUUUGUUUCUCGAUGUUGUGAAGAAAGUGCUGUACAGACAUCUACAACCAACAAGUACUGAAAAAGCUCAGCUUACUGAGGCAGGUUCAGGUAUCAACUGCUUGGACUCCAUGUGCUGCUUCUCAGAUGGGGAAACAGCAUGCACAUCUGUUAGAAGAAUGCUGGAACGACUAAUGGGAAGAUGUAGUCCAGCCCGGGUCAACAGAUCAUGGAGUUCAUCGGAUCCCUUCUUUGCCAACGACAGAAGCAUCUUGACUCUCUCCACAAUGGACUCACCCACUUGUUAACAGGGACACUUGUAGAUGCCUUGUGGAAGCCAUGUGGUGCUCACACACCUGUAGUAGGUUCUGAAGCAAGUUCAGUGCUCCAUCCCUGCCCUAGAAAAGACUAGCAUGACUUCUAAAUACAAACCAGGGCUACUCUGGUGGCCUGGCAUAAGUCAUCUGGACAGUAAUUGCUUCCCAUAUUUUUUUAUAAUUAUAUUCAAAAUCGCUAAAUGUAUUUUUUGUAAGGACUGCUUUUACCCCUGACCAUUUAACCUUUUUU